UCCCUACCCACAAGGUCACUUGUGUUCUGCGCUUGCGCAGUGUGCCUGUUAGCUCGAUCUCGUGUUCUGCUUAUUCCGCUCGACGUCACUCUCGCGAUGAUGGAAAUACCUCGUGGACCUGUUCUCGUUCUCAAAGAGCAAACGAAACGAGAAGUUGGCUUCAAGGUGCAACGAGGCAACGUACAAGCAGCAAAGAAUAUUGCCGAUGUUGUUCGGUCAUGUCUCGGUCCUCGGUCAAUGCUAAAAAUGUUAUUGGAUCCAAUGGGUGGCAUCGUAAUGACAAACGACGGCAAUGCAAUUCUGCGAGAGAUCACUGUUGAGCAUCCGGCUGCAAAGACUCUCAUUGAAGUUAGUCGUACACAAGACGAGGAGGUGGGUGACGGGACUACGAGUGUCGUCAUAUUGGCAGGAGAGAUGAUGAAUGUGGCCGAGCCGUUUCUCAAUCAGCAGAUGCAUCCAACGGUCGUGAUAUCCGCGUUUAGAAAAGCACUGGAUGACAUUCUCAGUGAAGUGAAAGAAAAGUUGAGUGUACCAAUUGAUAUGAAAGAUCAAGCGAUGUUGUUGAAGAUAAUUGAGAGUUCUGUGCAGACAAAAUUCAUUGGUGGUUGGGGUAAGAUGGCAUGUCAAAUGGCUCUGGAUGCUGUGAAGACUGUGCUGGUGGAAGGAAAUGGAAGACGAGAAAUAGACAUCAAGCGAUAUGUUAAAGUUGAAAUGGUUCCUGGUGGCUCAAUAGAGGAGUCUCGUGUGUUGAGUGGUGUUAUGUUGAACAAAGAUGUCACACACUCAAAGAUGAGACGGAGGAUUGAGAAGCCCAGGAUUAUUCUUCUUGAUUGUUCAUUGGAAUACAAGAAAGGAGAGAGUCAAACUGACUUAGAGCUAAGCAAAGACAUCGACUUCAACCGCAUCCUCCAGUUAGAAGAAGAAUACGUCAAAGAGCAGUGUGGACACAUAAUUGCCCUCAAACCGGAUGUCGUUAUCACAGAGAAGGGACUAUCAGACUUGGCAUCUCAUUUUCUUGUCAAGAACAACAUCUCAGCUCUCAGACGGACAAGAAAAUCAGACAACAAUCGAAUUGCCAGGGCCGUUGGAGCGACGAUUGUGAACCGACCUGAUGAGUUACGAGAGGAAGACGUUGGGAAGGGUUGUGGACUGUUUGAGAUAACGAAAAUUGGCGACGAGUAUUAUGCAUAUCUCAUUGAGUGUCAGAAUCCGAAGGCAUGUACCUUGCUUCUUCGCGGUUCCAGCAAGGACGUCCUCAAGGAAGUCGAUCGCAACCUCAACGAUGCCAUGAAUGUUGCUCGUAAUGUCCUCAUUGAUCCUCGUAUGGUGCCAGGUGGAGGCGCCACAGAAAUGGCUCUUUCUUGUGCUCUCACUGAGAAGGCGAAAUCCGUAUCAGGUGUUCAUCAGUGGCCAUAUCAAGCUGUUGCGAAGGCAUUAGAAAUCAUUCCUCAGACUCUUAUUCAGAAUUGUGGAGGAAAUACGAUUAGGACGCUAACGGCUCUCAGGGCUAAGCAUGCUGUUGGUGGUAAUUCAUCUUGGGGAAUUGAUGGAGUUAAAGGGAUGAUAGUUGAUAUGAAUGAUUUGGGAGUGUGGGACCCAUUGUCUGUCAAACUUCAAUCAUACAAGACGGCCAUUGAGACGGCAAUACUUCUUCUACGAAUCGAUGACAUCGUUUCUGGUACAAAGAAAGCAAGUGAAAAGUCGUCAACCGACAGCAAGCAAGACAACAAAGAAGAGGAGCCGCCGAAAGAUGCAGAUAAGUGACAUCUGCAGUAACUAGAGACUCGACCAUCUCGUGGUGUUGGGACGUUAUUGGAUUAGGAGCUUUCUACAUGCUCUUGGAUGGCUGCUUUGAUAUCAGAAAUUCUGGUGUUCUCAUUGUAGCAUGUCUAUGUAUCACGUAAUCAGUGUGUGGCCGUCUGCGCA